AUGUCGAGCAGACAGUUACGAAAGCUGCAACUGCAACGUGAACUCGAGCAGGCGCAACUUCAAGCACAAGCAGAGGAGGAAGAAUCAGAAGACGAGCCCAUCGCACCUACGAAAGCAAAGCCUAGUCUAUUCGCAAACCUCGCCGCUCUUGAAGAUGAGAAUGAAGACGACGAGGACGAAGAUGAGGAGGAGAAGGACGAGGCUCCAGAACCCAUAGUAACAGCUACCCCACCCUCUGCGGCGAAGAAGGCAAAGAAGUCGAAGAAAAAGAAGAAGGCAAAAAAAGCAAAAGAGGAACCCGUGGAGAAAGAGGCUCCUAAGGCAGAUGUCGAUGAUAUUGAUGCCGCGUUGAGGGAAUUGGCACUCAAGAAACCGGCGGGAGGCCAAUAUGCAGACACGAAGCUCACGGUAGAUCCGGAAUAUGAGAGGGUGUGCGCAUUGUUGGGGAUAAAUACACAACAUUUGAAGGUAGCAAAUGAAAUGCGGAAUCUGUUUGGGAAAGCUGCUGUGGAGGUUAUGGAGGAACCAGGUGGACGAGGAGGAAGAAGACCGAGACAGCGGGGUCAGAACCAGCAGGUUGAUUUGGAGACUGCUUUGAAGGGACAUCACCAGCCUGGAAAGGGUCUCUCGGAACUGACACUACGGCGGAAUGUUUUCAUACAAGGGAAGGAUGAUUGGCCUAGAGCUACUACGGGUGGUUUGACAAUGGCUGUGGUAGAUGAUAAGACGGAUGACGGGACUGUGGAAUUUCGCUAUGUGCACGAUCAGGCAUACCAGACUUUACAACAGACUUUCCAGGGAUUUGUGGAGAUGGGAGAUCCUCAGAAUUUGAUUGGACUUUUGACUAGAAAUCCCUACCAUAUCUCCCUCCUCAUCCAAGUCAGCAAAAUCGCUAAAGACCAAACAGAUCAUGCCUUGUCAGCAGAUCUCCUUGAACGAGCAUUGUUUAGUUUUGGGAGAGCUGCUACAUCGCUAUUCCAUACGAAAUUAUCGCAAGGCAAAGCUCGAUUGGAUUUCGCUCGACCAGAAAACCGAGAACUAUGGCUGGCGGCAUACCAAUAUAUCAGGUCCUUGCUGAUGAAGGGAACAUACCGAACAGCUUUGGAAUGGGCAAAGCUCAUUCUCAGCCUGGAUCCAGAGGGAGACCCAUAUUGCAUGCGACUUCUCAUCCACCAACUUGCGCUCAAAGCUCGAGAAUUCAACUGGUUGCUGGAUGUUUCCGAAAGUGAGAUACCAGAAAUCUGGACUCCUUCAGCCCUCGAUGGAAAAUGCCAUGCAGCAUCGCAUACGACUCCUUCGCUUGCUUUUGCAGCAAUUCAACUCAAGGAGAGCACUCAAUGUAGGAAGCUGCUGAGCGCCUCGAUGCAAGCCCUGCCUUGGCUCUUCACUCACCUCUUCAAAGAACUCAACUUGGAUGCGCCACCGAGCAUAUGGGGUAUAAUGCCUCGAACCGACGCCGAGUCCCUCUUCACAGAGAUGUACGUCCUUCAGACUAAAGAUCUUUGGAAUACCCCCGAAGCCACUGCCUUAAUCAUGGAAGUCGCACACACCAUUCCAAAGGUCAAUGCGGACUCGAUCCCCAAACUCGACAACAAGGAAAUGACGCUCGACGUCGUCCGCUUCGUUUACCUCGACAACACACCAGCCAUUAUGGCCCUCGCACCAAGCCACCUCCUCCACCGAAGCAACAACUCAGACGCGGACCCCCUACCACCAGACAUCAACAUCUACUCAUACGAAUCGCAGCGUCUCGCAAUCGAAGGCCGCGCUCGGGACACCAGAGGUCUUGGGGGCAAUUAUCUCAACCCACUCGCUGCUCUACGCGCUCUCAUCCCUGGUUUCCCUCGCGGCUCAGACGACGACGAUUUCGAUAUGAGCGAUGAGGAGUUUCCCGAAGCUAUGCGUCGCGAACUGGAAGCUGCUAUCUUGCAAAAUGUCGCGAGACAGGAGGAGCCAGGGGAAGAUGAUGGCGAAGACGAUAACGCGGAGCCGGCUGAUGGGAUUGGUGGGGAUUAUAGACAUACGGAUGGGAGUCUUGCGCGGAGGGUUCUGAAUAUGCUGUGGGGGUCGGGACAGCCGCCGGCCCAGCAGGAUGAGGAUAGUGAGGGCGAGAGUGAAAAUACGGAUACGGAUGAGGAGAUGCCGGAGUUGUUGGGGGAGGAUGAGGUGGGUCGUGGUGGGCCGGAGGCGAGAAAUAGAUAG